GAGGCGGGCGGAGCCAGAGCAGCGAAGGCACAGCACGGAUGAGGCGCAUGCGCGGUGCUGGACGGCGCUGGAGCUGCGGGCCCGGCGCGGGCUCGCGGAGGGGCCGGGGGGCAGCCGUUGGCGGAGGCGAGGCGGCGUGCAGCUGGCGGGGCCUGGCGGGCGGCUCGCCGCAGCAGCUGGCGGAGCGAUACGCGGACUUGGCCGCCAGCCACAGCGAGGCGGUGCGGGCCCGCGAGGAGCGGGAGCGCCAGAACGUGCGGCUGCGGGACGAGAACGCGCGGCUGCGGCUGGAGAACCGCCGGCUGAGGCGGGAGAACCGCAGCCUCUUCCGCCAGGCGCUGCUGGGGCCCGGCCCGGAGCCCGACGCGCCGCCCCGCCCAGGCGCCGCCCCCGAGCAGCAGCAGCAGCAGCAGGAGGAGGAAGCGGCGCUCGCGGCCCAGCUGCGGCGGCUGCAGGAGAGGCACCGCCGGGCCCUGCAGCAGCUGCGGCGCCGCCGAGCCCAGGACGGGCUGGAGGAGGACGGGGAGCUGGACGAGCUGCUGCGGGAGUUGGACGGGGAGCAGCAACAGCCCCCGGGGCAGCAGCCGCCGGAGAAGAAGAGCCUGGUGCCGCCCCUAUAACCAGGGGGAGGCUGACGGGGCUCCGCAGUGGUUUGAGGACCCCCCCACAGCCAGGUCACUGGGGUGAGGAGCCCCUAUCACUCUCUCCAGCCCCCCUUUGCUACCUGAGGCGGACCCAGCCGGCUGCACUCUGGGGCCGCCUCAGAGCGGGGCUCCUCUGCCCCACAGGUUUUUGGGGUCCCAGAAGUAGGCAUGGGAGCUUUCUGCAGGAGAAGCCACAGCAUCUGGAGAGUUGGCAUCUGGAGGAGGCCCCAAGGAGCCCCACGCAGCAGGAGGGAAAGGGCCUCACAGCAGCAGGUGCCUCCUGCCCUUGGAUGUUGAGGAGAAGUUUGUCCUAGAGGGAGAAAUGGAUUCCGGACUUUGCCGCCUCCUGGCAUUGCCCUGUCUGCCUUCUCUGCUUUGAUUUGGACCUGUGUGUCUAGUUAUCUUUGUGCAGGAGUGAACAAAUCUCAUAGAGGCCAUAAUAGCCCUGUAGAUGACCCAACAAUGGCACACUUGUUAGCCUGCUACUAGUACCAAUGUAUAUCAGUUUAAAAAAAUGAAAAGUUUGUGUGCCAGAUUUAUUUUGACAGCACUUUAAAUGAUAGUUGAUAAUCCUCGGAAUCCUUCUGAAUUGAUUGGAUAUCAUCUGCAACUCCAUUCUCUGUGUAUCUUUGACUAUUGAUUUGUUCAUCCUUGUCUGUUGCAUAAUUGGUCUAGACAUGGCACUUCCAAUUCAUAAAACUACAGGUCAUACUAAAUAAAUCCUUGACACACCAAAAUGCUUCUACUAGAUGUGAUUUGUAAUAUGCAGUUGAAUAUAAUAUACACAUUAUUUGUUUUAUACUGUAAAUAGCUACUCUUCAAAGUUCUUAAAUUUUGGUACUGAGGUUUUUUCAAAAUUCUAAGAAACAAGCUACUCAAUCUUUCUGUUUUAAGUAAAAACUAUUUUUCACUUACAUAACGGAAACUAUUUUAGUUUCUAUUUGCUGUCUGAAAGACCAACCUUGUAAACAUAUAAGAGUAACAUUAUUUGCAUCGGUCGUCCCAUUGCCUUUAGUAGGAUUAAUCAGAUGAGGAAAGUUAGUGUUGGAUGCCAUGGUUUGUGGGAUGGGUCCCUAAAACUUAAUUACUAAACUUUUGACCAAGAUAAAGUAGUAUUUAUAUAACUUUUUUUUUAAAGAACAACAAUAAUAAAACACCCACACAACUUCAAACUUUGUUUGGAGUUAGAUGUAUUUAUGGGAAAAGAGGAAUACUUGUACCAACUUCACUAUUAUUGUUUUAUAUAAUUGAGGUUUAAAAUAGUCUGUGUCGCGUCCAGCAUACAAAUUUAAUUAUGAUAUAAAAUGUACAGUAUCAUUUGUUAAACCAAUAUCAGUGCAUAAAAAGCAUUUUAAUUUUUAGGGGAAUAUACCUGUUUAAUGUGAUAGGUCUAAAGAGCACCUCUGCUAUGCAGUUCAUCUUACUUAGUCUUUAAUGGGAAAUCUAGAAUGUCAGUUUCUGAAUGUCUUGUUUGCUCACUAGGUUGAAACUACCCUUACUAGCCAUUUUAAAUUGGCUAAUAAAAGUAUAUUAGUGAACUACAAUGGGUACAAAAAAUCAGUGACCUGUCCAAAUGUGUUUUCUAUUUAAAUAAAAGUUACUGUAUUCUGACCAUUCCCAAUAAAGUAGAUGUAUAAACUGAAAAUGAAAAGAGGGAUUUAGAAAGAAAAAUGCCCAAGCAACUUGUAUGGUUUAGCAGAAGAAUAGUAUAAUAUAGGCUUACAGUACUUGAGUAGAUGACCUUUUAAGGCCCCUUCCAGACCUGUGUUUCUAUGAUUCUGUGAGCAUGUAUUGUUGCAAUAUAAUGGUGGAAAACAUCUGAACACAGAUUUUAUUUCUUAAGACAAAAUAUUGCUGUAGGCAUUAGGGCCCUGAUUCCAUGAUUUCAUUCAGUGCUCUACAGUUUAUUCAUAGCAUGUUCCAUUUUGAAGACAGUCAAUCAAAUCAGAUAUUGCAGCUUGUAGAUGUCAGAUACAGUGAGGGCAGUUAAUUAUUGCCUUAAAGGAAGGUAUUUAAAUAUGAAAGAUAAGUUUAUAUAGCUGAUGCAUACUUUUUAAGAGAUUUAAUGGAUAAACAAAGUGAACUCAAACAGAAGGAUCAUUGGUUCUAAAAUGUAAUAUGUAUGUCUGGCCUGCAGCUUAGAAAGCUCAAACAAAAUUCACCCAGGAGCUUCUGUUCUAGUGGGACUCCGAUUCAUACUAGCGGUCUGCUGAAAUAUGUAAGUCUUUCAAGCAUUAUUUAACAUUGGUACUCUCAAAGGUCAAAUUUUUAGUUGGUAUAAAUUGUUAUUGACUUCAGGUCAGUUAUGAUAGUUUACACUAGCUAAGGAUCUACCCCUGUGGUUUUUGUUUGUUUUUGUUUUGUCUCUUGCUAUUAGAACACUUUGGCUGAAGAUUGAUGAAAAGAUGACUGCUGUUGGAUUACCAGGAUCACUAAGAGCUGCAAGAGCAGGCCCUUAACAAUUUUCAAUAUUAAAAUUAUCCUUUAAUACCAUAGCAACAGUAACUUGUUUCUGGCUCUAGUGCGAUAUAAUGUACAUUAAAAUCCUUGUGGUCAUCACAGGUACAAGAAAAAUUUUGAUAAUGUUUUUCAUGUUAGAACUCACAGCAUCAAGACUAAGGUGAUGGGAAGGAAUGUUAGUUUUAUAGAAUACCUAACCUUCCCUCUUUCUAAACUUGCUUGGUCUUUCUGUUUUGAUCCUCUUAGUCCUAUAUCUCUGGUUCUGCUCUCACUCUCAGUAAUUCAGACUUUAGAUGUCUACUCAGGACCAGAAAUCAUAGUUGUCUUAGACCUUACAUCUUUUACUUAAUUAGACUUAAACAUGGGAGUUGAUCUACCACUGUCUCCAGAGCGUUCCCAGUGUUCAUCCUUCUUUUGAUCUACUUGCUGUGGAAUCCUUAGUUGUCUUUUAUUGCGCCUGGCGUUGGCUAUUGCACUUCCACAUUUAUGUUCUUGUUGAAUACCUGCUCUUUUACUAAGUAUUUUUUUUGGGGGGGUGGAGGGGGAGGAGUUGCAGAAUGUGGUCUCCAAACUAUUUUCUGUAAAUAAAGCUGUACCACCCCCAUUUUCUCCUCAUCUUCACUAAUUUAUUUUUCAUACAAUUAAAAAUUGCCCUCCUGGUUUUCAAAACUUGAUUAUAUAUCCUUCUAGUUUCCUUUCCUCCAUGCCUCCCUCAAGUAUUUGGCGGGGAAAGUUGCUUACUCAUUUUGGUUGCCAUAAUAAUCUGUAACUCCCUGAAUCAGUGAAUCACUUCCCUCUUUUUAAAUCCCUCUUUAGAACAAAACGCACACGCUGUUUUUGUUUUGUUUUGUUUUGUUUUUUGGCUGCCUUAUGAUUCACACCUUGUAUUUUGUAGUACCAUGUAUGAAGAAGUUAGAGGAAAAUCAGACUUCUAUAAUCGUAGGGAUUUUUCCCAUACUUAUUUAGGCGUCUUCCUGUUUCUCUAUAAAUAUUGAUCAGAAUAAAUAAUGAACUUGA